UGUGUGUGAGAGAGAGAGAGAGAGAGAGAGAGUGUGUUUAUUUAUUUAUUUAUGCAUCUUAUUUGAAAGUACCUUUUAGGUUUUUUACAUUUUAGUCGUUCCUCAAAUGAGAAGACGUAAAAGAUGGAGCUUCACAUUUUAGAGCAUAGCUUGAAAGUGGCGAGUAUAGAGAAAGAGGGGAUCCAGAUUUGCACUCACGGAUUAAUAAAACUCGCCUUCCUGGCCUCCAAAACAAGAUGCAAGUUUUUCAGUUUGACAGAGACUCCGGAGGACUACACCAUUAUCGUCGAUGAGGAGGGCUUUAAAGAGCUGCCCCAGUCAGAGCACAUCAGUGUCGCUGAUGCCACGUGGUUGGCCCUUAACGUGGUGUCGGGGGGCGGCAACGCCUCCAAUUCGCAACCCAUCGGAGUCACCAAAAUCGCGAAAUCGGUCAUUGCGCCGCUGGCAGAUCACAACAUCUCUGUUUUCAUGCUGUCGACGUAUCAGACGGACUUCAUUCUGGUUCGAGAGCGAGACCUGCCAAUGGUCAUGCACACGCUGUCUUCCGAAUUCACUUUGCUUCGGGUGGUCAACGGGGAGACCGUCGCUGCACACAAUCUGGGAGUCACCAAUGGAUUUGUAAAGCCAAAACUUGUGCCCCGUCCCAUCAUUCACCCUUUAUCUAGUCCCAGCAACAUGUUCUGUGUGACCAGCCUGGACCCAGAUACACUGCCCUCUGUAGCCACCCUGCUCAUGGACGUCAUGUUUUACUCUGGGGGGCCAAAAGAGCCCGGAGCAUCCAGCGAAGACUCCAGCCACAUCCGCUUCUUCUCCUUCUCCCUGAUCGAGGGCUACAUCUCUCUGGUCAUGGACGAGCAGACAACUCAAAGGUUUCCAAACAAUGUUCUCUUCACCAGUGCUUCUGGUGAGCUUUGGAAAAUGGUUCGCAUCGGGGGACAACCUUUAGGAUUCGAUGAGUGUGGCAUCGUGGCUCAGAUAUCAGAACCCCUGGCAACAGCGGACAUUCCAGCUUACUACAUUAGCACCUUCAAGUUUGACCACGCCCUGGUUCCCGAGGAAAACAUCCAAAGCGUGAUUGGAGCUCUGCGAACCGAGAGCACGGCACAGUGAAGGAAAGCGUGAAAACAACCGUUUUCAAAGUCAUUUCGUUCAAACGUUUCUCACGCCCGAAAAGUGCCAAGAGCUUAUUAGCGGACUACUGUGGACCGGCUCGGAAAGAAGGAAGGGAUCUAAGCACAGAGUGUUGGUGGAGUUUGGGGGGGGGUGUGGGGGUGUGACAGUGUGAUAGGGAUGCCUUUGUUACUUGAUCAUUUUCUUUAGCCUCACCCCUCCUUCCUUCCCUGGCACAGGGAAACUACUGCCUGCUCUGGUAGUUGUUGCUUUAGUUUACCAGACUGAAUAUGUUUGUUUUCCUCUCUAAAGCUGCUUCUUCCCACUCCCUGACCCUCAUGAGCACCAUACUGUAUUAGUUAAAUAAUUCCUCUCAUGGAAGGCUGACGAAUGUACUCUCAAAAAUGAAAGAAAUAUUAUAUAUAUCAAGGUCUCUCUUUUUUCUUCUUCUUCUUUCUUUUUUUUCUGGUUUGUCUUUGGUUUUUCCACAGGUCAUUUUUCUCAGUGCCAAGAUGUUUGAAUGCCUAAACUGAUGCCUUUGUCAAAAUACCAUACAUGUGUGCAAUUUAAGGAGACAAAUUUGGAGACAGCCAGCGAUGACAGACAGCCUGGUUGAGUAACGUGGUUUGUUUUCUUUCUUUUUUUUUUGCUUUUUUUUAAGCUGUUGAACGUGUUUAAGUUACAGCAACGAUCUGACUGUUGGAAUCCCUUCAGACUUAGGAGUGAAAUUCAGAUGCUUGGUCUGGUGAAACAUGAAGUGAGAUCCAAGAGCUCGAUGAGGAGUUCAUCUGUUAGUGCUUUGAUACGUUGUACGCAUUCGCACUGUGAGCAACCUGGUCGAUGGGUCACACCGAAUCAGCAGAACUUAACGACGCAAGUUUAUUAAUCGAUUUUUCGUUAGCUAGCAAGCAGACUUUCUGCAGCAUUACUUGAGAGUCAGAAUAGUUUAAGAAACAAUUAUUUGAUGUAGGAAAAAAAUAAUCAAUGGUAGUUUUGAUGUUUGAUUUAAUCACUGAAAUUGCUUUUAAAGUAUAACAAAAAAGAAAAAAAAAAGUAUGCCCUACAAAUAUUUGUGCUGUUUGAUUGUGUAAAUUGAAUCAAGAUUGAAACUAGAUGGAUUGGCACACAGUGUGAUGCAGGUUUCAUGGCAUCCUCAUGACUUUGACAUUUCAUCUAGCGCCAUCAUCAGGUCAAAGGUUCGAAUCGUCCAAUACUUUGGUUUAUGACCAAAUACCUGCAAAACGAAUGACUUUUCCAUCAGCCUCAGCUAAACUUUGUCUUUAGAGUUGCUUUUGAAAAUGUAACAUUGCACUGUGAGCAUGUUAGCAAACCACUACCAGAUCAGCCGCUGCCAUUUUUACAUUUACUUCACCACAGAUGCUGAGGAUCAAAAACAAAUUUUUUAAUUCAACUUUUAUCCGUCUUACAGUUUGGUUUUUCUUUACAAUGAACAAUACAGCCACACAAAAAUGCCUGCAUUGCACUGAUUAACCUAAAAAAUAGAUAUAAAUUAGUCACUGAAAUGAACGCGUUCUUCGGGCACUCUUAGACAAAGCCUAUAUUUAGUCGAGCACAUUGCUUCAAAACGCUGACCGUUUUUGACUUCACAGGGUCGUCGUCGUCGGGGCAGAAAACAGUAAACUGAUUAAACCUGGUGCCAUAUAUAGAUACACUGUCAACGUGGUUUCGCACAAUGGAAUAACUUACGAAAUACGAGGAAAAGCCGCAUGAAAAACAAAACACGAAUGAAUAUCAUUUAAAAACUGAAGUAAACUAAAUAACAACCAUACGAGUCAUAUCAGUGUAAUGCGGAUCCCUCAAUGGGUACAGCACAAAAUGUUGUUUAUGAUCUGUUUCUUCAUUCGGACUCCAAUGUGUUAAGACAUCCGAUUUGAAAAUGUUGUUCAGUUCAGUUCACCACCUCUGAUUCUUCAGCUCAAUACAUACAUAUAUAGAUCAUAUGCAGCUAAACUGAAAAAGAAAUUACCGUUCGAUGCUGCCCUACUUCAGUAGCUUACAGUCAAUGUCACCAAUAUCAUUGGCUGCCAAUAAUUUAAGGAUCCAGCCCUCAGGUGAGUCUGAAGAAGGUGUAAUAUGAGUUGAGUUUGCUUAAAGGAAGAAUCGGAGAUUUUGAGAAAUACACUUCAAUUCACUUCCUUAGCGAGAGUAAGAUGCGGGGAUUGAUACCACUCUCACAUCUGUGCAUUUACUGUGGAGCUGGAGCCAGGGGGCGAUUAGCUUAGCUUAGCAUAAAGACUGGAAGCAGGGGGAAACAGCACCUCUGAACAUUACAAAUGAACAUGUUGUAUCUUGUCUGUUUAAUCUCAACACAAACGGAAAUGUAAAAUCGACAUUUUGUGGUUUAGUGAAGAGUUGCAGUGACUUUUCCGGAAAGACAGAGAGUUGUUCAUCAGUAAAUAGUUAACACUGCGUAAAAAGCUUUGAUUUAAACGCCCAAUCGGAGUAAAAAAAUGACUUGAUAAUCAUGUUGCUCACAGUGUGAACCCGCAGUAAGACCUGAAGAAGAAUGCAAUGAUGAAAAUGUUUGCAUCUACAGUAGUAAUAAAUGACUGAGCCACUUUGACAGUGUACUACAGUAAUGACAGUGCGAGUGUGCUGAGCAUAAGCUAAGGUUCACGCAGGGGAAGGAACGUUUCCCUCCGAGACCUGGAGUCCAUCCAGGUCUUGAAGCUUCCCCUCCUCUGCCCCUGUCUGCACUUUAAUGCAGGUUCCACCCCCACAGGCCUGCUGUAAUGAUGUGAAAAUGGGGAGGGCUAUUUACUUUAGAAAGAUCCUGUCCAGAUGGGGAGAUUUCUCUUGGUCUCAUUUGGCGAUGAUGUUUUUCUGGUUUGUUUUUUUUUUUUCUUUUUCUUUCAUGACACCUUGCUCCUAACUGCAACCUUUCUUCUGAUCAGUUUUGAUUAGUUGAAACCCUAUAUUUAUCAGUGUUAAUACAUGAGGAAGGUGACGUUUCUUCUGAUUCCAUUUCAAAGAAAAUGUUAAAAGCUUUUCAUUUGGAGCUUCUUGUGUGGAAAAAAAAUAAAAUAAACAAGCUUUUUUUUGAGCUUGACA